CCAGGUGGUGAUAUCAUUACUAGCAUAGGAUACUGACAUUUUGACUGUUUAACAGGGUGUACCAAUACAUAAGCAGGGGGGUUAUCAAUCUGCACAGAAGGGAAAUAGCAAUAAUGGCAGCUCUCAGAGCAGAGGGGAUCCCAUAUAAAAGAAGGGAGAGGAUUACAGCUUGGAAUGAAGAAGAAGAAAUACAUGCCGUAUAAUCACCAGCACAAGUACUUCUUCUUCAUUGGGCCUCCAGCACUGAUUCCCGUCUAUUCCCAAUGGUAUAUUUUCUACUUUGCAAUACGGCGCAAGAAGUGGGCGGACCUGGCCUGGAUGAUUUCUUUCAAUGUGAGGUUUGGUCUGUGUUACAUCCCGUUCCUGGGAGUGAGCGGCACCAUCGCUCUGUUCAUGGUGGUUAGAUUUAUUGAGAGCAACUGGUUUGUGUGGGUCACUCAGAUGAACCACAUUCCAAUGAACAUUGACUAUGAUCCACAUCCCAUAAUUCUCCCCUUUACCUUUUUGCCUUUCUAUUUAGCCUCCUUUCAGUGGCGUAAGUAGAUAUUACUGGGCCCAGGCCUGGCUAUUUGAGGAUUCCCAGAGGGGCUGCUGUAAGAUGCCAUAGACAUUUAUUGACCCCAGCAGCUAACAAAUAUUACUCUGUGAGACUAGUGUUUUGUUAUUUUUCAUCUUCCGGUCUCUCAUUCAGUUCAAACCUCUGUCUGGUUGCUAGGGUAACGGGAACGCUAUGACGGGAGUGACUAUAGGGAGCAGGGUGGGGGACA